CGAUUAUCUUUGCUGGAAUUUGACAGAUCAGGUGCCUCUGUGGAAUGUACUAUGUAGUAAUUGGGUGCUGCAAGAGGUUACAAUUGGAUGAAAUAAAUACUGUAUAAAAGUUCUGUUUUGAAAUGUCUGUACAAUUUCCUCCGUGUCCAGCUUCACUGAAGUCGUUGCAGCAUUAUCUAAAGGCAGCUGGUGAACAUGAUCAGCGCGAUCCAGUAAUCAGUUACUGGUGUCGCCUGUUCGCUUUGCAGCUAGGAUUAAAAAUAGAUCGCAAAUCGGAUGAAGCAAAGGCGUUGCUUACAUCUAUUAUGGACUGGCUGGAAACACAGAAGAAAACGUUAUCAGAUAAUGAAGCAGUGACAAACGACGUCGCAGCACAAGCACACAUCGAAAAUUAUGCCCUCAAACUAUUUUUAUAUGCUGACAGUCAGGACAGAGCUGCUAAUUUCGGCAAGAAUGUGGUGAAAGCCUUCUACACAGCAGGAGUCUUGUAUGAUGUACUGACGACAUUUGGAGAAUUAACUGAUGAAGCGACGCAGAAUCGCAAAUAUGCCAAGUGGAAGGCAGCCUAUAUACAUAAUUGUUUGAAAAAUGGAGAGACACCUGUACCUGGCCCCAUGCAAGAGAAUGAUAUGGACGAGAACACUAACCAACCAGGAGAGAAUACUAGUGCUGGUCCUGCUGCUGGAACUAGUGAAAAUGACUUGGGGAGCUUCAGUGGAACUACAGGGACAAGCCAAAUGGGAUUUAUCUCCCCACCAGCAUCAUCAUCUUCUGCUGGCCCAAGUUUUCCCAAUGUGUCGAAUAAAGUGACAGACGUUCCUGCUCCAUAUACAGUUCCACAACCACUUACGCCAACAGAAGGUUUACCAUUAAAUCCAACUUUGCAAAUCAGUAAGCCUCUACCAACAGGUAAUGGAAGUUCAGCUUCACUGAAUCCAGCACAGAUCACAAAGGCUCAGAAGUAUUGCAAAUGGGCAAGUAGUGCCUUGAACUAUGACGAUGUACCAACAGCCAUAGAAAACCUGGAGAAAGCAUUAGUUCUGCUUCGGACUGGUGCAGAUACGGGUUAAUUGCCUAAUUGUCAACAAACUAAAAAGAGCAGUUUCUGUAAUUUUUUUAUGCUAAUACACUUUUCAAACUAAAAUGUUUACAAAAUUAAAAGUUCCAUUUUACGAUGUGUUGUUAACUGAUGGAGAAAAGCUCAUAGUAAAUAUGCUUGGUACUUCGCCUCCUGUUGAUAAUGAUUGAAAAUGUACGAUUUCUUGUGUAUGGAUAUGCAUGUACUAGCAUAAUUUAUGUAAAGUCAUCAUGCGAAUAUAAAGAUAUUGAUUUUUCAGCAAAUAA